AUGAGACAUAUUAUCAGCGGGUGUAAAAGACGGAAGAAAGACGGAAAGGGAGGAGAUGGCGUUAUUUCCUGCCUCUCCCAUGCAGCGCGCCGGUGCGGAAGGGAGAUAGCUGACAACCAUGAGCUGAGAAAACGCAGUGGCGGAGCUUCACUUUUGCGGUCCGUCCCUCCGCCGUCUUUCGGACUCCAAGCUAGAGUUGGUGCAAGAGAGAGAAGUCGCAAGUGUGCCCUACAGUGUUGCGUGUUCUCUGGAAGUAGCGUCAGAGGGCACUUUGUAAAGACCUCAGAAGGGAAAUUCAUUUAUGAAGGGGGCAUCAUUACUGGAAGAUUGAUUAGAGAAGGGAUGACAUAUGAAGAACUACAAUGCAUGGUAGCUCAUGAUGUGUGGCCAGGGACUCGUGAAUAUAAAAUGAAGUACACAGUUAGCUUUGACCGGGAUACAUUCUUGGAUCUUGUUGACGAUAUUGGUGUUGGACAAGUAAUUGAGUACAACAAUAGUAGUGGCCAUGUUUAUGUUUGUGAGAAUGAGAAGACUUCACACAAGUGUCACAGCUGGACAGUGUUAGAUGAUUUGGUUGGCCCUUGUGGAAUGUCAGUAUCUGCAAUGGAAUUGGAUCUAGACACAGACAACAUAAACAUAUCUUCCGUACAAGAUGUGCCAACACUGAUAGGAAGUGUAGGUAUGGAAACGUUGCCAACCCCAAUAGCGGUGAUGAAUUCAUCAAAGUGGGCAGAUUUGUUGAUGUCAAGAGGGCAAACCUUUGUUAGUGCUGAACAUUUUAGAGAGGCAUUAUAUAAGUAUAGCCUUGCACACAAGUUUGGUUACCGGUACGUAAAGAAUGAUAGGCAUAAGAUGAUUGUGAAGUGCUGUGUAGAGGGUUGUCCCUGGGAAAUUUCAGCAUAUGGUGUAGGUGAGAAUAAUGGAUUCCUAGUUGUGAGAAGAUUUAACUAUGAACACUUGCAUUAUGCACAAGACAACUUAGUUGUCCCUCAGAGAAAGAGGUGCAAACUUGCUUCAGCAGUCAUAAUAGAUGAGUUGAUUUCUUGCAUGCACAAAGCUCCAAAUGACAUUAGACGGGAUUUGGAAAGAGAGUAUGGGUUGAGGCUCAACUACCAACAAGCAUAUAGGGCGAAAGAGAAAGCAUUGGAAAAAAUUCAUGGUUGUCCGCAGGAGUCUUAUAUGCUAAUCCCUUGGAUAUGUGAAAGGCUGAAGGAAAGUGAUCCAGAAACGGUAGCAAAGUGGGUUGCAUCAUCAGAUAAUAGAUUUCAAGCUGUAUUUAUUGCAUACGGUUGCUGUGUAGAAGGGUUUUUGAAAGGUGGCAGACCUGUAUUAUAUGUGGAUGGAUGCCACUUGAGUGGUCCGUACAAAGGAACGUUAUUGGGAGCACAAGCGUAUGACGCGGAUAAUGAAUUAUUCCCACUUGCAUAUGCGAUUGUUGGAGGUGAGACGCUUGAUGACUGGGCAUGGUUUCUUGGUAACAUAAAGGAUAUUACGGGCUCAUUAGAAGUGACAAUAGUAUCGGAUAGACACAACUCAAUAAAAGGUGCAGUGCAAGCCGUGUUUGGAGGAGAUCGACAUGCUUUUUGCUACCGUCAUGUGAAGGAGAAUUACAGUGCUGAGUUUUUGAAGAAACCAGGGGAAAGAGGAGGACCAGCGGACAGACAAAGGAAGUUGCACUAA